AUGACGUUGCUGCUGUUCAUCUGUAUUUUAGCUCCACAGGUUGACGCUUUCAUCCAGUUCUGGGGACCCAUGAAUGGAAUGUAUUCACCCAUGCAACCUUUUGCCAACCAGAUGCCAAUGUCCAACAUGAUGUAUAUUCCCAGACCUCCUAUGUACCAGCCUGCUUUCUUCCCUCCAAGACCUAUGCUUCAACCUCCGAGACCAUUGCUUCAACCUCCUCAAUCUUUAAUGCCAUCAGUUCCCCCUAAUCUUCCGCCGACAAUGAACUUUCCAACCACCACGCCCAACUCGUUCCUUUCAAUUUUCGAUGCUUUGGCCGCUAUAUUACAGAGAGAAGCACAAAAGUCACAGUAUACGCGAGUACAAGAGCUAGCUAAACCUCAGUAUCCUUGGGAAAGAUCGAAUUUACCUGAGAAUGUCCAGAUUAGUGAUCCUAAUGAUGCAGAGAUACCAGAGUUCCCCCAAGAAAACCCAGAAGGUCUAUCUAGCUUGAUAAACUCAAUCCCAGCCCCCGAAAUAAUAUCUCUGAUGAACAUCCAGGCGGCAAAUAAACGAAUGAAAAAAUUGAAAUCAGGACCACCCAUCAUCAAAAGUUUCAAAAUUGAAAAGGAAAUUGAUGAAGAGUUACCUCCAUCCACACCAAUUGGAAAAGAACUUUCCGAAAAAAUAGAUGACAGCUCACUCUUAGGGUUAUUACGUAGUGGUCGUUGGAAGACAAUAGAUUGGAGAAGAAAAUUAUUGGGGCUAGAUGAAAUACCAACUGCAGAAGAAGGUAACGCCUUAGCUCAGCUCUUUCCACUCAAAGAUAAAGAAGAUUGA